AUGGAAUUGGGUUUUACCUUGGUAUAUGUCGUUACUAUGAUCGUCGCUUUGCAAGGAAACAUUUUGCUGAUAUACAUCGUCUGGAGGAAACGUGAGACAAGAACUUUGACUAGUUUCUUGUUUGUCAAUAUGGCGAUUGCCGAUUUACUAAUUGCAGUAUUUCAGAUGCCCUUCUCCAUGGCGCACUUCUACGUCUCUGAAUUCACUGGUGCGGUCGGGAAUCUAUUCUGCCGAUUUGUUAUGUAUCUUGUGAAUGUGUCCAUGACAGCCUCGAUCUUCAGCCUUGUCGUGAUGGCAUUCGAUCGAUAUUUUGCCGUCAUACACCCUUUGAGGCGAAUGAUUUGGUUCCGAAGAGCCAAAAUUAUUCUACCAGUCAUUUGGAUCGCAUCCUGGACCUUAAUGGCCGUCACACCAUUUUCUUACAUGGCCGAGAAUAGCCUUGGAAAAUGCUUUUAUACAGACGAACAUAUCCCGCGGGUGCCCUUUUGGACUUACCUACUGCUCAUCAACUACAUCAUGCCUCUUGCCAUCAUCUCUGCCCUGUACAUCGUAAUUGCGCGAAAGAUAUGGUUCCACGAAAUUCCUGGUCAACUUGAAUCUUCCAGACUCCAGCCAGAUGAACAGAUUCCAAGGAAAAAAGUUGUUCGAACGCUCAUUAUUGUUGUGGUGGUUUUUGCGGUCUGCUGGUUUCCCAUACAAGUGCUUCAAAUGAACUUUGCAGUGACAGCUGGAAUGACUUGGCACCCCAUUGCUAUCUACUCUAUCCAUUGGCUUGGUCAAGCUAACAGUGCCAUAAACCCCUGGCUGUACGUCGGUCUUAAUGGCAAAAUGAAUGCAGCUUUCAAAAGAAUGAUCCGAUGCCACGGGCAGGGUAAUACUUUGUUACACAGACCAUCUACCGCGACUUUACGUUCAAAUACAGCCGUUACCACAGUAUGA